AUGGAAGACAACGACGAUGAUUACUUCUCCGACGACUUCGAUUCUUUGCCUCCGGCUACAUUGUUCGAGUUGGAGCAAAGUGCUUGGCAAGCAAGCCAGGCCCCAGCGACACAGCAAUAUGUUCAACAAGUCAUAAACAACACGGUUCUCCCAGCAGGGGUGUCGGCUCAGCGGUCCGAGGCCUUGAAACAACCCCCUCGGUUGCAUACCGGAUUGACGAAUGACUAUGAUACGUUAGAAGUGGGUGAACUGGAAGCAGAGGUGCAUGGCAGUUUGAAUGGUUUGUUGGCUGUUCCGCAGAGUCGUCAUAUUCUGGUUGCCGCCGAGGAUAAUGCGUGGCCUGUCAAUGGCGGAAUGAACGAUACCAUGGAGAUCGACGACUAUACGCAGGGCCAUGCGCGUCUCAAGCAGCUAGAGCGGGAAAAUGAUCAGAUCCAACUCGAGCUGGCUGAAGCCAAACAACUGAUUGAAACAAAGACAGGAGAAAUUGCGAUCAUCCGCGCAAAGCAAACCAGAGUGAUGGAAGGUUACGAUCAACAACUGGCAGUCUUACGAAAGACCUUAGCAGACGAAGCCGCCAAGCAUAAGCAAGAGGUUGAGGCGGCAACAGCAGAAGGAAAGAUGCUCGCAACAGAAAAUAUCUUCUUACAGCAAGACUUAGCAGAGGAAGCGCACCAACUGCGCGCUUUCAAACAGCGUCAGCAGAAUGAUGGGAAAAACUUGCCAGUUACUCCCAGAAAAUCUCGCCUUCUAUCUUUCCGCGAUGGAUUCGACGAUGAGGAAAUGGCUGCGGUGUCACCAAGUAAAUCAGCAAGUCGAUCGAGGCGAGCUACUUCGGUAGUAUCUGGCAAAAGGAAACGGCACCCAAGUCAGGAUAGUGCAACGCGACUGCAGUUGAGUCCUGCUGCAGAUAGGAUGAUCGUUGAUCCUACUCCUGUCAAUAUCUCUGGAUUUUCUAACCAACGUGAGCUAGUGCAAGGGGACCUCAAGGACUGUCAAUUAAUGAAGCGAUUACUGAAUCACCGGAUGGUUCCCAACCAGGAGACAGAUAUUGAAUCAAUGGGAACUGUUUACUUUCCUUCUGAACCAACACGACCUAUAGCGAGAAUUGUCUUGGAGAAUAUGGCUGCUCUCACAAUGGGCAGCUGUGUGGUGGAAUAUAUGCACACGAUCGGCCCACUCUGGCAACGUGCUUUGACAGAACGCUUCUACGCUCCGGUGCCCCGAUUUGCGGCCAUUGUGCGGUCUGUCUUAGCGAUCCCUGAAGUGCCAUUCUCUGAGCUCGUCACCCCUCUCGUACCUGCAUUGCAAGAUUGUGUUGAGGUCAAUGCGGUUCCUCGGUUCAAGUAUAGUCCCGCUGCGCGAGACAAAGCACGGUCAAUUCGUCAGACACCACAGUCGGACCUACAACCCACAGUCAAUUCCACCGACGCAAUGCGCUUGCUAUAUCAUAUCGCGUGUGAGCUGCUACAUAUCAAAGCUGCUCUUGACAGCUUUUGGCGCAACAUGCGUCAUACUUUCGUACUGUUGAUGCUUCAUGGCUCGCAAGUCCUUGAUGACAUCGUUCUAGUCGUACACCUAUUGUCAACCAGUAUUCGACCUGACUCAUUUGGACCCAUCAUGUCCUCUGAUGUGGAACAAAUUGAUGUGCAGAAAUGGAUUGUCAACCGGCUGACCUUCAUGCUUAGUGAGCCGGUGCAACCAGACGAGGGUAUGCAGCCCUACACGUCACACGACAUCUGUGCAAUGCGUCUCGAGGUUUUACUGCUGCUGGAGUUACUGGCAUUCAACCCUGCGGCUCCAUCUCGAGAGCACGGAAGUAUUAUUAUUGCAACUCACCCAACUUCAUUAGCCCGUUUGUUCAGGUCGAUGCACGACGAGUUAGAUGUCCUGUACUCUUCGCCUCCGGAACAGGAAUUGCGUGUUUCACUCAUUAAUGGGAUGAUGCGGCUGAUCUUCGGCAUCAUGCGCCGCCAUGGAAACUCGAUCAACCUGUCCGAGAAACUCGCCGGCAUCCCUGGCGGCAAACAGAAGCAUUUGGUCGUUCUUACACGGCUGGCAUUUUGCGAUGGUACUGUUCUAGAGGCUGGUAUUGAUGAUGAAACAGUCGACAUGGCGCAUGAGCUGCUAGAGGAGUGGACAAACCCGCAAGAAGCUGAGUCGUUAGCAGAGGCAUUUCCCAGCUCAAGGCGGGACUGA